AUGGCGCUGCCGCAGCUGAUGUCUGCAGAGAGCGGCCUCCGCGCCCAGCCGCUGACGGCGGACCAGGUGAAGGAUAGGUUUCUGGUGAGUGUGCACGGCACGUGCGCAGUACUGUUGGCGACGCUUUACGUGGGGGAGACUGCGAGCGACGGGGUGCGCGGCGCGAUCGGCUGCAUGCUGUCCCUACUCUGCAACUGCGGCAUACUUUGCGGCUACGUGCUGGGUGCCUGCCUGUCCUACCGCACCGUCCUCUACACCAACAUGGUGCCGCUCCUCCUGUACGUCAUCUGCUUCCCCUUCGUGCCUGAAACGCCGUACAGGCUGGCCAGCACCGGCCGCCAUCAGGACGCCAGAAAGGCGCUGCGGUGGCUCCGUCGCGGGAUCUCCGAGGAGGAGGUGGAGCGCCAGAUGGCGUGCAUCCAGGCCUUGCUGGACGUGGGCGGCUCCAAGCAGGGCCGGCCACUGCGCGAGCUACUGCGCUGCCGGGCCACCCUCGUGGCCGUCGCCAUCGUCCUCCUGCUGUUCCUCAACCAGCAGUUCUGCGGCACCUUCUGCGUCGACAGCUACGCAGUCUUCAUCUUCAACGAAGCUGGCGGCUCCCUGUCACCUGAAGCCGCAACCAUCAUCCUAGGCGUACUGCAGGUGGUUGGCGGCUUGCUGUCGGCGCCGCUGGUGGACCGCAUGGGUCGUCGCCCGACGCUGUUCCUCUCCAAUGCGGCCGUCGGCGCCUCAGUGGCGGUCAUGGGCGUGUACCUGUACCUCAAGGCGGAGACCCAGGCGGACCUGUCGAGCAUCGGCUGGCUGCCCGUCUCGUGCCUCUCAGUCUACGUGGUGAUGGUGGCCUUUGGACUGGCCGCACUGCCGUACGUCGUGAUUGCCGAGAUUGUGCCUCCGAGAAUUAGAGGCUUAAUUGCCACCUGCGGCUACUUCGUCAGCUGCUUCACUGGUGGCACCAUGGCUAAGCUGUACCCGCUUAUGUCGGAAAGCAUGGGGACCUACGGUACCUUCUGGUUCUUCGCUGCCGUGUGCGCCCUCUCCACCCUUAUUGCGUGGUUCGUAUUGCCGGAAACAAAGGGUCGUCCCAUCGAGGACAUCCUCAGGGAGCUCAACGGUGGCAAGGAUGUCUAUAUCAGCAGUACAUAG